AUGUCCCAAGACAAGGCGCCGAAGCUCUCUACCCAUGAAUAUGACUUGAAAAUCACCAAGCGGCGAAGGUUCCGAGCGGCAAAGGCGUGUUAUCCGUGCAGACGCCGCAAAGUCAAGUGCGACUUUGGCCAGCCUUGUGAUAGCUGCACCAUCCGCGGACAUCCCGACCUUUGCAAUUAUACUCUAGCCCCGGAUGUCAGUCACCCGCCUAGAGCUAGUAACGUCUCUAAUCCGGGCUCAUCUGCUACAAGCGAAAGCGAUGCUACGGCCGCCGGCCUUGCCAAUGACAUAUCUCAAGGACUUUAUGUGAACCCAAUUGCCCCGUAUAACACCAAAGUUCAUCUAGGCCCGGAGUCUCUUCCCAGUCUUCUCACGACGUUUCAACAUCUCAGCUCUCUUCAGCAGCUUCAGGGCCAAAGUAGCCCGCCGGUAGCUGCUUUCAAGCCCUCGACGAAUCCGCAAACCAUUUUCGAACUUUUGUGUCUUCAGGAUUCCGGUGCUUUGAUACCAUUUGCCAAUCUGUGGAAACCGGAAGACGGCCCUGAAGUAAUUUAUAAAGCUUUACCCGAAGAUGAGCAGAUAAAGAGUUACGUUCAGUACUUCCAGACAUCGCUAUUCCGUAUCUUGCCAUUCACUAUCAAUUUCCUUCAAUUUGAAGCCGCAUUGUCUCGUUUUCUUUGCGAUAGAAGAAAUAAUCCCGAUGCAGCCUUGCAAACCCCACCAGCUGAAUGCACCUUGACCUGGUUCGGAUUACUAUUCAGCAUUCUCGCAUGUAGUGCGCAGCUUCGCUAUGAACAAGAAUCUGAGCUGCUCAAAGCCGGCGUCUUUGGGCUGACUAUACGCCUUGCGCAAACACUCGGCCUUCAUUGUUCUCCAGACCCCGACGAUGUUGCCAUAGAACAGAAAGGCGAGGCGACCGUAAAUUAUUACAUCUGGCGAUCCCUGAUAUGGCAAGAUACGCUGGUCUCUCUUUGGUACGGGCGGCCGUCUUGUAUCACGGUCAUGGAUGAUAUCUCACUCGAUAUACCAGCCCAAGAGUCAUCUCGACAGUAUCCUUUCACGCACAGCUGCAAUCACCUCUUCACAACGGCUAAUAAGAUUAGCCAAGCUACUAAUAGGGCCAAGUUCUCAAAACGGCAGCUCUCCCUCCUUGAGAUUCGCGAUUUCAAAAAGGUAGUUGACCAAAUUGUCGCGCGAUCCGCUCCACAUCUUCAGAAUGCCGCGAUAUGCAGAAAUCGUGACGAUUGCAUUCAGCAUCAUUUCUUCCGCGAAUUCGUGGAUUCAGUGGUACUCUGUCUCUACCGUCCAGUCAUGCUCUCGUAUGGCGAUGAGUACAGCAAAGAGCUCACAGACACCCAUCUGGAAUGCUGCCGCUCUGUUCUUCGAACUUAUCUGGAACUACUCAGGCUCGAUUGUCCAAUUCGGAGAUCGUGGGUUUUUGUUCACGUCACGCUCAGCUGUGCGUUGACACUCGCGCUGGCUGCGAACACGCAGGAAGACAUAUCCGACAAGACGUUUCUAUAUGAGUUUUUGGAGACUUUCUCUCAGGCAAAUAUUUUCUCCAAUGUGCCUUCAUACCAAAAUGCAUUGCGACUACUUCGACAGUCAUUGACUACAUGCGAUUAA